AUGGAGGUGUCUAUUUGCAAAAGCUUUAUACUGCCCCUUUUAACAAUUGUUUUAUUCAUCUCACUACCACAAACAGCCACAGCUGCUAAUGAAGCCUACACAAACUUCAUCAAAACUAAAUGCAACGUCACCACAUACAUUUCCCUUUGCCAAAAAACACUAAUUCCUUAUGCUUCUUCAGUGAAAACCAACUCCACAAAGUUAUGCAAAGCAGCCCUUGAUGUAACCAUAAAAGGCGCAAAAAACGCCUCUACCACUGUCUCAACACUGAAAAAACAAAAGGGAAUAACCCGAAUUGAAGCAUCCAUAAUUAAAGACUGCAUAGAAGAUGUGAAGGAUGCAGUGUACGAACUGAAGCAGGCUGUUGAUGCAAUGGGACAUUUAGGUGAUAAAGAUAAGGAAUUUCAGUUAGCUAAUGCUAAAACGUACGCGAGUUCUGUAAUAACAGACGCGGAUUCGUGUACCGAUGGGUUUUCUGGCCGGAAGGUAAAUCCAACUGUGAAGAAAAUGAUAAAUAGUAGCAUGGCAAAUAUUACCAAACUUGCCAGCAAUGCCUUGGCGCUCAUUAACCAUCUUUUUUAG